AUGGUGACAAGGUCCAGAAUCCGCGUUCAACCUGGUGUCUCGAACGGCAAAGGAACGGCUGGGCUGCAGAGUUCUUCAUCUGCUGGCGCGAGCGGAAAAAAUUCAGCUGCAAAGGUGGUUGCAACAGGGAGCGGACUAGCUGCAGGGCAGAGCGGGCGUGGCGCCAAAGGAGCGGCGCCAAAAGUCGCCUACCUCGAACCGAUCGACUUCGGGAAGGAGAUUCCAACACAGCCCGCUGCUGUCGGCAAGCUGUUGCACGGAGCCGGUUUCGACAGAUGCGAAGAAAUCACCAAGAUUGGGAGGUUCCGAUACAAGUUGGAUCUCAAAAGCGGGGAGGACUUCACCAGUCUGUCGAAAUUGAACCUGACCUCUGCCAACUUGAAGUUCUUCAUGCCGGCAAGCCAAACGGUAACAAUUUGUUUUGUGCGGAACGUUCCUUUGGACUUCGGAGAUGAAGAGAUGAAAGAGCAGAUGGAGUGCGAGUUCCCGAUCACCAAAGUUGAACGCAUCAUGCGGAUGGGAAGGAAUCAACAACUCGUCAAAACGUCAAGCCUCAAGGUCACCGUCCAAGGGAAGGAAGUUCCGCGCGCGAUAAAGAUCUACGGCUGUGGCUUUCGGGCAGAACUCUACAUCUUUCCGGUGAAACAGUGUUCUCUGUGCUGGAAGUUCGGGCAUACCAAGAAGGUUUGUCGAGGGGAAGCAGCGUGCCAAAAUUGUGGUGCUGUUGAUUGCACCAAUGAGUGUCAAAAUCAAGCGCGCUGCCGUAACUGCAAGAAGGAACACGGAGCUGCUGACAGGAACUGUCCAGAAAGAACCCGGAGGAAGGCAAUCGUGCAGGAAAUGGUCAAGAAGCGUAUACCCUUUGCGGAGGCGGAGCAGGCCCUCGUUAAGACAUCAAACGGUUUUGCGGCUUUGGCGGAAGUGACGGCUCCUGGGACUACGGAAACGGUAGAAGCUGGCACCUCGUACUCGAGCGCGGUCAGGCGACACGAGCGGCGUCAAUCCAUCUCCCGAGACUCUCGCUCGGACAAUGAUGACAGCUCGGCAUCAGCCAUCGGCGCAACCAAACAAACAGGCGAGGGAAGUCGGUCUGUGGUCAGGUUGGAGAAUGUCCACAAAGCCACAGAAUUCGAGGUCUUCAUCGACCAGCUAAGGAAGCUCUUUCUCCAACACCAAAAGACCAAGGCGUGGCUGGCUCCUUUGAUUCACCUGCGAGACAAGAUCAACAACACACUGAAAAACGGCACAACAGGCAUCGAGUUAGACGCACUUCUAAUACAAAUCAGCACAGAGCUCAACAACAUAAUCGAGAACGAAUCCAACAACAACGACGAACACAGAAUAGAGAACAACAACAACAAUGGGUAA